UCUACCUCCAUCUCCACCAUAAAGGACAAGUUCGAUAAUCCAGCGAUGAGUAAACAGCGAGCAGAAGACUUUUGAAAGUACAUAACGAUAUAUAUCUUGUCAUUGGCUCGAUCACUAACCAUCCGGAUCGAAUUUCAUGAGAUAAUGGAGAUUUGCUUCGCAAGUGGAUCCAGGAUAGAGGGUGUAUAGGAAUCGUGCAGAGGUAAAUUAGGAACGAGAUCCAGCAUGGGAAAGUGUUGCAGCAAACGACAGGAGCCUCAACCGAUUGGUCAUAAGAAGACAGAAGCAGGACUUAGCUCAAAACAUAGCAAUGGGGGUUCCUUGGACCGAUACACUGCCGAUCCAAAUCAGAGAGCCGUGCAAGGCGUGGAUAUUAUCCGACCAAAACCGACACCCUGUAAGCUACAGAUACCACAUCAACAAUUUCGUCAAACGAAUACACCUAUUAAGUCUGCAUCGCAUUCACAAAGAACCAAUAAAAUUGUGGUGGCCCUGUACAAUUACACAGCGCGAGAAAGCACUGAUGUUAGUUUUAUGAAAGGCGACCGAAUGAAGGUUCUAGAUGAUUCCGAACCGGAUUGGUGGAGAGUAUUGCACUUGACGACCCUACAAGAAGGUCUGAUUCCUUGGAACUUUGUCGCUGUCGAACGAUCGGUUGAGAGUGAAGAUUGGUUCUUUGAAAAUGUGUCGCGCAAGGAAGCAGGCAAGCUGCUGCUAGUUGACGAGAAUCCUCGCGGUACGUUCUUGGUGAGGCCGAGCGAGCACAAUCCUCGGGGUUAUAGCUUGUCAGUCAAGGAUUGGGAAGAGGGAAGAGGUCAUCAUGUCAAACACUAUAAAAUUAAGCCGCUCGAUAAUGGCGGCUUUUUUAUUGCCACCAAUCAAACAUUCUCCAGUUUGCCGGCUCUCGUUAUGGCAUACAGCAAAAAUGCGUUGGGUCUCUGUCACGUGCUGUCAAAGCCUUGUCCGAAACCGCAACCAGACAUGUGGGAUCUCGGACCGGAAUUGCGCGAUAAAUGGGAGAUCAACAGGAAUGAGAUACAGCUAAUUUCAGAAUUGGGUAAUGGUAAUUUCGGCAAAGUUUACUAUGGCAAGUGGCGAAAUAAGAUCGAGGUGGCGGUAAAGACGCUGCGUCCAGGAACCAUGUCGACCGAGGCGUUCCUGCAAGAGGCUGCAAUAAUGAAGCAGUUCCGACAUAGACAUCUGGUCGCAUUAUACGCUGUCUGUUCGAAAGAGGAGCCUAUUUACAUCGUGCAGGAGUACAUGUGUAACGGUAGUCUGUUGGAUUUUCUCCGGAAGGGAGACGGCAAAUACAUGCAGUUUGAGGAUUUGAUCUAUAUCGCGGCCCAAGUGGCUUCCGGUAUGGAGUAUCUUGAAAGCAAACAGCUUAUACACAGAGACCUUGCUGCGAGAAAUGUACUAAUCGGCGAAAAAAAUAAAGCCAAGAUUUGCGACUUUGGUCUCGCGAGAGUGAUUGAAGAUGACGAGUACUGUCCGAAGCAGGGCAGCAGAUUUCCCGUCAAGUGGACUGCGCCGGAGGCCAUCGUUUACGGCAGAUUUAGCAUUAAGAGCGACGUCUGGUCUUACGGAAUCCUGCUAAUGGAGCUUUUCACUUAUGGACAAGUUCCUUAUCCAGGCAUGCAUGGCCGUGAAGUGAUCGAGCAAGUGGACAAGGGUUACCGUAUGCCAAAACCAUUGAACCAUCCACUACCUGAUAGCAUCUACCGACUAAUGCUGCAAUGUUGGGACGCCAGUCCCGAGAAGCGACCCACGUUUGAGUUCCUGAAUCACUAUUUCGAGUCAUUUAACGUCACUAGCGAAAUACCAUAUCUCGAACCGCCGACGGACUGAUAUACAGCCCAUCAAUAUAUUCAAAAUCAUCAUCUACCGCCGCACGGUCAUUUUCAUCCAGCUCACAUUAACUGUGCCAUGGAAUUUUAUGGUAUUUACUGCUAAACAAAUUAUUUUGCGUGUAUCUCACUGUUCUUACCGGAACCUUCUAGAUACAUUGUUCUCACAUCAGAGAGGAAAGACUUUCAGUGAGAGAAUACACGUUCUCAAACGAUACUCGGCGUCGUUGUUGCGAAUGGCAUUUUUUCGACUGUAAAAAUUUUUUUACAAAUUUUACCAACUAACCUUCGAAAAACAGUGCCGCGUAUUCAACCGAACUGUCACUGUCAGAUGCUGCCGAAAAUUCUACUGUAAUCUUGUAUCAUUUUCUGUCCCUCUUCUUUAUGUGUCCCUAGUGUCUAACGUAGCACCGAAAACGUCGAAUGAAUCAAAAGUUAAGUCUACCGUGGUGUUUUUGCAAAAACAUCAAUAACGUUCGCAAAAACGAAUCAACAAGAUUAUAAUCUUUGCAACCAAUGCUUAACUGUAUUACCGGAAUAUUUAUGAUUAGAAUCGGACAAAAA